GCCCAACCUCUGCGCAUGCCCAGAGGCCGGCGAGGUUCAGAGAGGAUAUCGCAGGCCGACCUGCCCCGCCCCCGCCCUCGGAGCUGGGCUUCCCUUUUGAGCCGGGUAGGCUCUGCUUCCUUUUCCCCGCAAGCAGGAGGCGAUCGCCGGUGUCUCUUUUCUCUUUUUUCCCUUAUGCAGAGUUGGCUUCUGCAGCUUCCCAUGGUGAGCGUGGUAACUCGGAGGAGCUUGGCCGCCCUGCGGCUCUGCGCCACAGUUGUUUUACUUGAUGUAGCCCUCUGUCACGGAUUUGUAGAAGAUUUAGAUGAGUCAUUUAAAGAGAUUCGAAAAGAUGACAUUUGGCUUGUAGAUUUUUAUGCACCAUGGUGUGGCCAUUGUAAAAAACUGGAGCCGAUUUGGAAUGAAGUUGGUCUUGAGAUGAAGAACAUUGGUUCUCCAGUUAAAGUUGGAAAGAUGGAUGCUACUUCCUAUUCUAGCAUUGCUUCAGAGUUUGGAGUUCGAGGUUAUCCAACAAUUAAGCUAUUAAAAGGGGACUUGGCAUAUAAUUAUAGAGGACCACGUACUAAAGAUGAUAUUAUUGAGUUUGCUCACAGAGUAUCUGGAGCUCUAAUUCGGCCACUUCCAAGUCAGCAAAUGUUUGAACAUGUGCAGAAGAGACAUCGUGUGUUUUUCGUUUAUGUAGGUGGAGAAUCACCUUUGAAAGAGAAAUACAUAGAUGCUGCUUCAGAACUGAUUGUAUAUACAUACUUCUUCUCGGCCCCAGAAGAAGUAGUUCCUGAGUAUGUGAAACUGAAAGAGAUGCCUGCUGUGCUUGUUUUCAAAGAUGAAACUUACUUUGUUUAUGAUGAAUAUGAAGAUGGGGAUCUGUCAUCAUGGAUCAACAGGGAGAGGUUUCAGAGUUACCUCACUGUGGACGGCUUCCUCUUGUAUGAACUUGGAGAUACAGGAAAGCUUGUGGCUAUUGCAGUUAUUGAUGAGAAAAAUACAUCAGUUGAGCAUACCAGAUUAAAGUCAAUUAUUCAGGAAGUUGCUAGAGAUUACAGAGACCAUUUCCAUAGGGCUUUUCAGUUUGGCCAUAUGGAUGGAAAUGACUAUAUAAAUGCCUUGCUGAUGGAUGAGUUGACAGUCCCAACUGUAGUUGUAUUGAAUACUUCAAACCAGCAGUACUUUUUGCUAGAUAGACAGAUUAAGAAUGCUGAAGACAUGGUCCAGUUCAUUAAUAACAUUUUGGAUGGCACGGUAGAAGCCCAAGGAGGUGAUAGCAUUUUGCAGAGAUUGAAAAGAAUAGUAUUUGAUGCCAAAUCUACAAUUGUGUCUAUUUUUAAGAGCUCACCUCUUAUGGGCUGCUUUCUCUUUGGCCUGCCACUGGGUGUCAUCAGCAUCAUGUGCUAUGGAAUCUACACAGCGGACACGGACGGUGGCUAUAUAGAAGAACGAUAUCAAGUGUCCAAAAGUGACAUUGGAAGCCAGGAACAGAUAGAAGACAGCAAAGAAGGUCAGGAGUCCAGCCCGGGAGGAUGUCCAGUGCCUGCAGUGCAGGAGCCCAAGGAUGUAUUAGAAAAGAAGAAAGACUGAGCCUGUUACUACUAUAAAAUAUCUGAUAGGAUUUCAAAUUAUUAAAGAGUCUAUUUAUUGGAUUUAGACUAUUUAAUCAUGAUCUUUACAGAAAAGAACAUGUUAUUUGUAUUUUGCUAAUAUCAGCUGCAUGGAUUAAACUAGUCCUUCCAUAAAUAGGGAGAUGUUUGGAGUGAAUAAAGGAACAGUUUGUCUGAAACACAAUUGAAGCACUCCAUCAAAGCUUACCCUAGACAUGUUUCUCUAUCUGAAUAUUCUGUGAGAACGUUAAGAUUCUUUGGCAGAAUAUUUAAAUUGGCCAGUCAGGUAGAAGAUACAUAUUUGAUGUGAAAAAAUAAUACCUCCACCUCCUACCAACCAUUCUUAUAUAUUUUGGACAAAAUUUAUAUGGAUACAAUUAGGUCUUUAAAAUUAGGCACUUUAAAGAGACCUAAUAAAUUUUUACAUGUAUCAAAUUAAGAUUAUGGGGUUAAAAAUAAUGUGGUUUUAUAUAGCAUAGUGGUGUUAUUUUUAAAGGAGAGGAAAUGUUACUUUUUAACUUUAUACUCUGUUGCAUUAUCAUAAUAUAAAAUUUUGAUAUGAGCUUGUAUAGUGGAAAAAAAUAGUCUUGUGAUUGACUUUUGAAAAAUAAACAGGAUUUGCUGGGAACAGUGCUUUCAGGCCAUGCCCUGGGGACUCCUAAUACCUGUCACAUGGCCACUGCAGUGAGAGAAGGGUCUCUAUUAACCCUCCCUGCUGUAGCCAGAAUAGCCUAGGAUUUUUGUUUUGUUUCAUUUCUAUUUUAUAGAUUGAGAUUUCUUCUAAAAUUUCCUUUGAUAAAAAUCUGCUUUUUGAAAAGUAAUAUAUGUUAUAUCUUUGUGUAUGAUACAUAACCUUGAUAACUUGUGGUCCAGAAUAUACAUGUGUGUAGUUAGACACAUGCCCCAAAUUUAUUGGCACAUCUACUGUGUAAUGCUGUGAGUGUGUCCAAAAAGUCACGACCUUGAAGAGAUUGGCACGUAACCUCUACUCUCUCAUUUUUGUCACCCAUGUCAAUGAAUGAUCUUAUCUUCUAUCUAUAGUUAAAUAAUACAGGAAUUCAGUCCCAAGGAAUGUCUAAAAAUUCUAAACUAAGUCCCAAGGAAUGUCUGAAAGUUCUAAAUUCUAAGUUUAGAAUUUGUAUUAGGUAACUAUUAUUUGCGUGGUUAUUCAUUGAGUAAUUUAGUUAUCCAUUAUAAAAGAUAUUAUUGGAUUUUUUAAAAUGUUUAGUCAUUUUAAAAGUUUGUAAUUUAUGGUCCCGACACUGUUGGCCACCAGACUGUUUCUGAUGCCAUAUUGAUCAGGAUUAAAUGAAAUUACUAAUAAUUGUUUUAUUGUAUUCAUGUGCUCUUUUAUUAUUUAGUAAUUAAAUGCCUAUGUUUAUGUUUGACACUCCACUAUUACUGUUGUUUUUUUGUUUUGUUUGUUUGUUUGUUUUAAUGAAACAAAUAUUCCAUCAAUGUAUUUCAGGAAAUUAGAAUGAUAUAUUCGGAAGUGGAAACUGGAGAUAAAUGCUAUUAAAAUAACAAGUAGAUUCCUCCACACAGAAUAAUGAAAGAUUCUUUGGGGGAAGAUAAAUAUUAAUACUUCCAGGGGCGAAGCUUGUUUUCAAGUAGAAUUAAGCUUAGGUGUGUACAGAGGCCUUCUUACAGACUCAAUCCAGGGAGGAAGUGAAAACUUAGCAGUUGGAGACAUGAAGAAAUAGUUACAGAAAAUGUCAUUGAUUAUUUUUCUUCUUAUUUAUCACUAUGAGAUAUUGGUCAUCUGAAUAUUUUUGUCUUGUUGAUCAUCACCUAUAAAGGAAAGACCUCAAUAGGAAAAAAAGAAAAAAAAAAAAAAAGAGUAGAGCUCAGCAUCUGUGGGCAGACCAGAACCCAGGGCCCUUGUUUUGUGUUCCUUGGGGCCCUUUCCAAAGGAGGGCUCAGUUCUCGGUUAUCCUUUCACAGCCUCGUACUACUAGGACUUCAUGUUCUGGUGUGGCUUUUAAAGUGUGUCUACUGGGAAAACAAAAUAUGUAGGUGGCUUAUAAGUGAAUAAUUUUAUUUCUUUUCAUAUUACAAUUUUAUCUUUCUUUUGGAAGAUUUUUAUUUACAUUGUUAGACCGCUUGCAAGACAAAUUUUAAAAUCUGUUCACUAGUGUGCUUUUCCCUUCUGUGUGGUAACAGAGCUUACUAUGAACACUAUUUUCAUUUUAGGAAAAAUUAUGAGCCAGAUCUUUUAAUGAUUGUAGUGGCAGAACAUGGUUAGCAUUCUGAUUCCAGUGAUGAGUCUUAUGAUUACAUAUUAGUAAUGAGGUCCUUCAGGGAGCUGGAGUUUCGCCUUCUCUGUUACAAUGAAGUUCUAUUUGUAACUUGUAAAAUGAGAAAUUCUGUAUUUUUGCUUAUUGCUGAAUCUGGUGCUCAAACAAUAAGGAUAUUUUAAAGAGGCAAAGUGCAUGUUCUAUCAAGUACCCUAGGCACCACAUUAGUUUUCAGUUCCUUUUUAUUGUUUGUUACAUUGUACGCAUCAGUAUUUUCCUAGCUACUAUUAUCUAAAACUUGUUUGAGGUGCAUUAGGCCUAGGAUUUUUAUUUUCUUCCUCACACAUACUGACUGCUUCCUGAUAUCUGAUUUAGAAAUAACAUGCCAAAUGUCUAGGGGUGGAAGGGUCUUAUGUGAGUAGUUAAAACAAUUAGUUGUAUUUUUUUAUUUGGUAAAUUGUAUUAAUGAUGUUUCUUGUUUUUUGCUUUGGGGCCUUUUUGGUUUUGGUUUUGCAAAAAUUAAUUUAAAUAUUUUUAUCAUUGUUUGAUUUGAUAUGGAGGUAGGAUAGGGGAAGAAUAAAUCCCUCAGCCAUCCUUUAUUAUGCAGAAAUUAUGAUAUCAAUUAAUUGGUGAGAUUAGGUUUGCUGUUUUAUUUUUAUAAAUAUAUAUUUUUUUCUGAAUGUGUUUGAGUCCAAGAGUGGGCAAAAACUAAUUUUCUACUUUGGACUAAUCUAUAGAGGUUUUUGAAAGUCUGUAUUACUAACUUGUUGAAUUCCCGACAUCCUGCCUUAGGGCGCAAAUUGUAAACCUUUGUUUUUCUAAAAUAAAAUAUUUGAAAACCUGUAAUUAUUGUUGUUGCUUUAUAUCUUUGAUUGUUUUGUGAUAUGAAUUGUUUUCUGCAUAAACAGACAAAAGCGAAGA